AUGCAGGCACGUUUUAAAGGCAAAGUCAUUGCCGAAUUAGCCAUGCGCUAUGGCAAACCCAGCAUAGAAUCAGCUUUGGAUAAAUUGAAACAUCAUGGCGUAAGGCGCAUCCUCGUCCUUCCCUUGUAUCCUCAAUAUUCAGCCACAACCACCGCCACCACUUAUGAUGAAGUUAAUCGCAUUUUAAGCCAAUGGCGGUGGAUUCCUGAAAUGCGUUUCGUCAAUGAGUAUUACGAUCACCCUGCUUAUAUUGAUGCACUGGCGCAAAAACUGGAACUACAAGACGAUCAGUAUCUCGUCACUUUUCAGUCCCGUUUUGGUAAAGCAGAGUGGCUUAAGCCUUAUACCGAUAAAUCCCUUCAAGAACUACCCUCAAGAGGCAUCA